AUGAGACGAGCUGCGGGGAGUUCUCGCGCAGCGACAGAGGGCCGCUCGGGGGAGUGGCGCAUGCGCGCAAGCGCAGGCGGGAUGGCGAGUGUGGGGGGUUGGGGGGGUGUGGGCCCCACACGCAUCGACGAGGACGGCGACGACACCGGCCUGCUUGACGCGUGGCACGUUGAUGACGUGGCGAUGGAGCAGGAGGGAGAGGGAGAGCGUGAGGGAGAGGGAGAGCGUGAGGGGGAGGGGGGGGACAUGGGGGCGAUGGAGGAAGGGGAUUUGGAAGAAGUGGCUGACGUGGAGGAGGUGAUCGAUGACGAGGCUGACAAUAUCGCGUACGAGGAGGAAGAGGAAGAAGGGGAGGAGGAAGAGGAUGAAGAGGAGGAAUUGGAGGGCGACGAGACAGGUGCCGUACGAGAAGAUGACGAUGACCGCGGCGAGCCGGGCGAGCCGGGUGAGGAGGGUGAGCAGGGUGAGCAGGGUGAGCAGGGUGAGGAGGCGGGUGAGAAGGACGAGAGGAGAAAUGAGGAGGACGAGGAGGAGGAAGACGAAGAGGAUGAGGAGGAAGAGGGGGAAGAAACGGAUGAGGAGGAAGGGGAGGACUCAGACUGGGCGCCGGAGUCGAGCAGCGGGCAGGGGGACUCGGAGGACGGGGAGGGCGAGGAGAGCGGGCCACAGCAGGGGCGCGGGGAGGAGUUGCAACGGCGCGAUGGUGCAGGCGCGCAGGCGUGGAGCGAGGGGGGGCCAGCAGCAGAGGGGGGAGGGGAGGGGAUGAGCGAGGAGAGACUGGAAGGCGAUGUGAUGGGACGGGGGGCAGAGGGAGGGGAAGGCCGAGGGGAAGUGGAGGAGAAGGGGAGACAGGUGGCGGCAAGGAAAGCGGGAGGGGCAGGGGGAGGGGAAGAGGAAGAGGCAGAGGGAGGGGGAGGGGGAAGGGGACGGGUCGAGGGGAGAGCAGUGGGGAUGCAGGUGGUGCUGCGGAAGGGGAGGGGGGCGAGGAGGUCGGGGAGGGGCAGUGGGAUAAUGUGGGUGCAGGGAGGGGACGGGGGAGAGGCAGGGGGAGGGGCAGAGGGAGGGGCAGAGGGAUGGGGAGGGGGCGGGGGAGAGGGAGGGGCAGGGGAAGGGGAGGGAAGCGUGGCAGUGCAGGCGAGGGCGAGGAGGAGGAGGGGGAGGGCGGUGCGCUGGGCGCAUGGAUGGCUGGCGGCGCUGCGGCAGCGGCGUCGCUAUCAGCGGCCCACCGCAACCCCGCUCUGGCACUGGAGACCCUCUCCCACUGGGGGCGCGGUGCAGGGGGCGACGGGGGAGGGGGGACCGUGGGGGGCACUCCAGGGUGGGGGGACGGGGGCGAGGAGGGAGAGGAGCGGCUGCUGCGGAGAAGGUGUGUGGGCCGCUUGUCUGUGGCCUAUCCGUUCCUCCUACUUAAACCCUUAA